AUGGAGCGAGAGACUGGAGAGCAAGUAUCAAAAUCCAAAUUGCAAUCUGUCAAAAAGGAACUGUCUCUCUACAAGAUCCUGUUGAUGAAGGAUCUGGAGCACAGUCAGGAUGAGGAGGAGAAGAUCAGCUCCUCCAGCCUCCAGCAGAGGCUGCUGGGGAUGCUACUUCAGCCCCCUCAGCACAACGGUUCCUUGCCCUCGCACCUUUACAUUAUCAGCCUGACUGGAGGAAGUGGGAGUGGGAAAACCUCAAUUGCCAACCUCCUGGGGCACCUGGGAACAUUCCUCAUCGAUGCCGACAAGCUGGGCCACAGCAUCUACGUCCCUGGUGGCCCUGCCUACGAGCAGGUGGUGGCAGCUUUUGGGGUAGAAAUCUUGAAUGAAGAUGGGACAAUUAACAGGAAAGUCCUUGGGGCCAAAGUGUUUGGAAACCAGCUUGCAGGACAGUGUGAUUCUCCAAACACAAGUAGACUGUCUGGGCUGGACCCCAACGAGCAGUUGUGUUUGCCAAGUAAGGAGGAAUGGUAUCGUUUUGUAGGAAAAGCCAUUUGUGUGCUGGAUGCAGCUGUGCUGCUGGAGACUGUCUGGCAGGACAUGGUUCAUGAGGUGUGGACAGCCAUCAUCCCUGAGGAGGAGGUGGGCUAUACACCUUGGCCCAUCGCCAAGGCUGAGUUUUGGUUUCUGAGUGCCUGA